AGAGGCGACGGAGCGCGAGUGCGCCCGAGACCGGGAACGGGCCAGCGAUAUGGAGCCCGAGGCGAGCAUCGAGAGUGCUCGGAUGAUCCGAGUCGCGGUUGUGGCGGUGGGCAAUAUCCCGUCUGCCCAGCUACGCGAUUAUGUGGCCUUGGUGUUGCGGCACCGGGUGGUGUCCCUCGAAUGCGCUCGGUUGUUCUACAAAGAGCAUCAGAAAAGUCCCUUUGCCCAGCAGUCUUGGGACACUGGCAGCCUGUGCUUCAAAUUUCUGGUCGGAGGAGCUCCGAGGAGUCCGUGGGAGGAUUUUCAAGCUAACAGAAAGUGUUUGGGAGUGAUCGGCCUCAUGCAUUGUCCCACCACGCCGGAUAUUGGAGCUGCUUACGAUCACUUCAUGGCAAUUUGUAGGGCUUAUCCAUCCGCUCAGGAGAAGCGUUGCUUUGCUUUGUAUCCCACUGAUGGCCAGGUGGAGUUAGACGAGAAGAAAAGACAGCAUUUGGUGAUGUUUCCACCAGAUCGCCAGAUGUUGGAGUACCAUUUGCAAACCUUGAUGCAGGAUUUUGCAGCGUCACUUCUCAUGGCAUUUGAAAGUUGGGUUCUUCAUGCAGAACCCGUUGGGGCUAUUUUGACGACUCCUCUUGAUUCUCAGGCCUCGCUGAAUUCUGAAGAGGUUAGCAAAGCGAAGAAGAGGAGGUUGGGCCGAGUUCAGAAGACCAUUGGAGACUACUGUCUGUUAGCUGGAUCCCCAGUUGAUGCCAAUGCUCACUACUCCACCGCCAUUGACCUUGCUCGUCUCACUGGAGAUCUCUUCUGGCAUGCUGGAGCAAUUGAAGGCAGUGUCAGUGCUCUCGUGGUAGAUCGUGGUGGCUUGAAAGAUCCACAGUUGGAAGAAGAAGUGAGAUAUCGCUAUCUUGAGGUUAUUCAACUCUAUCAUAGGGCAACGGCAUUUUCAUUUGAGUUGGAGGCGACCUUGAAGCUAGCUCGCUUCCUUUGCAGGAAGGAGCUUGCUGGUCAGGUGGUUGAACUGCUGAUGGGUGCGGUAGAAGGUUCGAAGACUCUAAUGGAUGCAAGUGACCGACUGGUCUUAAAUGUGGAAGUUGCUCGGAUUUUCGGGGCUCUUGGUUAUGAGCGCAAAGCUGCAUUCUAUGCUCGACAGGUAGCACAGCUGUAUCAACAGCAAGAUAGCUGCUGGGCUGCUAUGAGUGCUCUUCAAGUGCUCACACUGACUGCAAAGUCUUAUCGAAUACAAAGCAAGGCAGCAUUUAGUGCAAGAACGAAUACCCUGAUGGAAUUACUACAUGAGAAGGACGAGCCUUCAAGGGACAGCAGGGGACAGUAUAGUUCGUUAGAAGUAGGGGCUGAUGGACAGUGGAGCACUUUGCAAAUGGACAUUCUUGGUGACAUGCUUGCAGCUGCAGUGCGCGCCGGUGAUCCUCUAUCAGCAUGGAGUGCAGCCGCUCGAUUGGUGAGGGGUCAUUAUCCUCUAAUUACGCCAAGUGCUCAAUUUGGCCUAGCAACAGCUCUCGUGACUGCUGCAGAGCGCCUUCCCCCUGGCACUCGCUGUUCUGAUCCCGCUCUUCCUUUUGUUAGAUUACAUUCUUAUCCACGCCUACCUCCGGAACUGGAAGUUGUGAAAAGGUUUCCCGGUAAAAAAGAGUGGUGGGUUGGAGCAUCGUCGGUAGGGCCAUUUAUAUACACUCCAUUUACUUCAAAAGGCAAUGAGAGUGAAAAUAGUGCCGAAGUUAUCUGGGUAGUCGGCGAACCAGUGCAGGUUUUGGUGGACCUAUCGAAUCCAUGUGCUUUCGAAGUUUACGUUGAAAGUAUCUGUCUUUCAGUGGAGUCAGGGGAAAUAGAAGCUUUUCCUGUUUCUGUAGUUUUGCCCCCAAAUACAUCACAGGUGCUGUCUUUGUCAGGGCUUCCACUGUCUGUAGGCUCUUUGGUCGUUCGUGGCUGCAUCGUGCAGUGCUUUGGAGUAGUAACUGAGCACUUGUUUGAAGAAGCUGGAGAGCUGGUCUCUGGUGUAGCUAUAAGCGAUCCAUUCAGGAGUGUGGGUGGACCGAGAGUAAGCCAGUCUGUUGCUGCAGUUGUCGAGGUAAUGCCACCAUUGCCUCUGUUGGUGGCCGAAGUUGUCGGAGGUGAAGGUGCAGUGGUUCUUUACGAGGGUGAAAUUCGUGAAAUGCAUAUUAGGCUAGCGAACGCUGGAGUCGUUCCGGUAUUAGAAGCAACAAUGACGUUAACAGGCAAACAUAAAGAGCACGUUUUAUCCUUGGGGCAUGAUAUAUUGACUGCUGCCUUGCCUUUGUUUCCUGGAGCCUCCGUUGUGGUUCCUGUGAAAUUGAAGGCCGGUCAGCCUACAACAGAGGUGGAGGUAGUUGGGUCCAAGGGUGCCGGAGUAAAUAACGUAAAGCCUGCGAAGGAUCCAGCUUGCCCGAUGUUGGUCAUUUACUACGCAGGACCACCUAUGGAAACUAGAGACAUGAAGACCAAAGCAGUUAUCUCCCCAUCAUUACCUCCUGGAAGAAGACUUGCUCUUCCGUUGCAACUCCACGUUCUCCGUGGGCUUUAUUUGCAGCAGGCACGAUUACUGUCGAUGGAAGUCCCUGCGCAGAUUAGCAGGUACCUUCCUGAUCCGGGUGCGUGUAAGAGUGAAGCGACCUCUCCUACAAGUACCCUUGUAAAAAUUGAUCCUUAUAGGGGAAGCUGGGGACUACUUUUAUUGGAGCUUGAACUUUGGAAUGCAACUGAUGUUCUCUUCGAGAUUACUGUUACCGUUAACAAAGGAAAGGAGUCCGUAGAUGAGGAAUUGGCUGAUGAUGGAAUGGUGAACGACUCUCUGUAUCCAAGUACACGUAUCGAUCAAAAUCAUUCUGCACGCGUGCUUAUACCAUUAGAAAGGUUUAAGCUGCCUGGUCUAGAAAAAGCUUUUCUCGCCAGAUCUCUAGCCAAGAAGUAUGGGUUGACAAAACACGACUCGAAGGCAAGAGAAAGCUCUGAAAGGCAAGCUAAGUCUGAGCUGAAUGCGACUAUUGAAGAGCUAAGCUCGAGAAUUAGUGUGAAAUGGCAUUCAGGUAGGAACAGUGCCGGAGAGUUGCCAAUAAAGGAUGCCAUUCGAGAAGCUUUACAGGCCUCUGCGAUAGAGAUUCUUCUUCCAGAUCCGCUAACUUUCGGCUUCAGACUGGCGAGGGACUGUCGACCCUCUUACGGCGAUAAGGUAAAGCUAUCAGAGGAUGCUGUGGAUGAGCAACCGAAAUCGGAGGACAGUGAGCACGUGACAGUCACGAAUCAAGGAAACAACGAUUCGAUUGUGGCACAGGAGUUAACUCCUAUAGAAAUGCUUGUGCGCAACAACACGCGAGAAGCUGUGACCAUGUCGCUGAGCGUUACCUGUCGAGAUGUAACUGGAGCUAGUUGUCUGGGAUCUAGUGGUGCUAAAGCAACAGUUCUUUGGGCUGGGGCUUUGAACGGAGUGGACGUGGAGGUGCCAGCCUUAGGUGAAGUAGUGCAUGGAUUUGCCUUGUGUUUUCUGGUUCCAGGACAGUAUACAUUGCUGGGAGCUGCUGUGAUUAAUGAUCCCGAUGAGUCUCUAGGACCAAAUUCAAAUCUGCAAUAUCCCGAAAGUGAACCAGAGCCAUUAUACUACAGUGGUCCACCCUACACUGUAAAUGUAACAGGUAUAAGUUAAAGGUGGAUAAUUACUGUAGUAGUUGAAGUUAUCGUGGCAGCACUUAGUGAGGACCGCAAAAGGGAUGAAAACGAAGCACGCCCUCACAUGGAAACCCAGGCCGGUAGUCAUCUUCUUGCUGAAGUCCUGCAGAUGCUCCUUUAAACUAAAGCUAGGGACAAAGAGAUCAAAGGGACAUUUCUCUUCUGCGGAUUCAGAUGCGAUUCUUUAGAAGGGUACAUUCCACGUCUUCUAGUCAUUGUAAAGGAUUUUCACAUGACUCGAUUUGGAAACCGUGAAGAGGAUUGCAAUACUCCAUCCCUUCAUAUUCCAGUGUAAAUUAUUACCCAUAGUCUCAACUUUGAAGAACACAACUUGC